AAUUUUUUUCUGACCCGAGCGAGAACACAACACUACAAGCAUUGGACGUUCACUCAUGGACAACACAGAAAACAUCCCGCUCAUGGACAGAAGGAUAGUGCGUGGUAAGAAACUAUCUCACCUUCCACCAAUUUCUGUUCCAUCACCUGAUAGUUUUCCCCAAGAGCACAAGCAAACCAUGAACUAUACAAAGUGGCUUGGUGGGCUUGCUGUUACCGGUUCUGUGAGUCCAAAGAAGGAUGACAAGUUUUUAGAUUCUGAAAGAAUUAAACGUCCAAUGAAUGCAUUUAUGGUGUGGUCACAACUUGAACGGAGAAGACUGGCUGAUGCGAACCCAGAGCUUCAUAACGCCGAGUUGAGCAAAAUCCUGGGACAGACCUGGCGCGGAUUGAAUGAUGUACAAAAACGACCUUACGUCGAAGAAGCAGAAAGACUWCGUUUGCAACAYAUGCAGGACUAUCCUGACUACAAAUACAGACCCCGUCGAAGAAAGCAUCCUAAAAGAGUUUGCAAGAGAAUGAUGUCAAGYUCUUCAACUCUCCAAAUCAAUGUGCCACGAGCUUCAUCGUCUGCUGUCGACAAGCAAUCCGCUCAGUUAUCCGAAGAAUCGCACCCUUUCUCCAUUCCAAGCACCCCUACAAGUCCAUCAAUUUCUAGCAGCCCAAGUCUGGCAAGUCAGCAAGCAUUGUUAGUCAAUGAGCUUCAGACAUUGAGUAAUCAAGUGCACAACGCACCAAUUCCUGACCUUCCAACACCAGAGAGUAGUCCAGUCGCUGGUCUUGAAUCUGGAAAAGUGUUCAAUUUCCCCAGCACCGAGGAUGAGCUCCGGUUCCUUCUCCUGUCUAUGCUCCAGAAAUCCAACGAACCAAUGACCAAAUCAAAAUUUCAGCAGCUCGUGAAUAUGAAUAUAAAUUCAAUAUUUGGAAAUUCUGCUGUUUGCAACGAGUACAGUCCUCCAAGUCCAGUCAAUGUAGAAACAUCGAGUUGCAGGGCAUCUGUCAUGCUUCAACCGUCUUCUCAAACUAUGCAUUUCUCAGAUCUGCUUCUAGAUGACCUGAACAGGGAUGAAUUUGAUCAGUACUUACAUGGGACUGAACUCGACGCUUGUAGCCUCGAGGAAUGUGAACUGUAAGMCAAAGAAAGAUUUUUAUAUAUUCUUACAGACAAUUUGAUGUACAAUAGUUGAUAAACUAAAUAUAUUUCUUAUUGGCUAUUUAGUCCUUCAUAUUGAAGGACGAAUGGACAUAUUUUUGGAACUGGAUUGUUUGUAAAGAGGAUUUCAUUCGAGUUAUUUAGGGCUUAUUAAGCCAAGGGUUUUGUAGAUUUUUAUGAUGCAUGUCGCAAACAUAGAGUAUUUUUUUCUAUUUUAAUAGCUAUUCGCUUAAUUUAUCGAAGGGAUAUCGACAUAAUUUAUGCCACUGCAAAGAAAAUAUAUGUACAUUUUACAGCAGGGUACUCAUUAAACUCUUUCUUUUUUGACA